GAAGUAUCACACUGACUGAAUGGCAAUACACAUCAGCAGUUCAGCUAAUCCUCUUUCUGGAAAACACGAGUAGCAGUGGAACCACUGACUCAAAUUUUGGAUCUCAUUCUCAUGACCAAGCAAUUGUGUGAGUUUCAGAGGGCUCUGAAGCUAUAAAAGAGGGCAAUAUGAGCACAUACGUUACAUUACUUGUAGAUAUUUCAAGGGAGGCUAAACAGUGAAGCACAGUCGGUCCCAAGAUGGGCAGGAUCAUUUUCUACGAGGACAAGAACUUCCAGGGUCGCAGGUACGAAUGCGACAGCGACUGCACCGACUUCCACUCCUAUCUGAGUUGCUGCAACUCGGCCCGUGUGGAGAGCGGGACCUGGGUGAUCUACGAGAGACCAAACUACUUGGGUUACCAGUACGUCCUGAAGAGAGGGGAAUACCCCAACUACCACAGCUGGAAUGGCCUCAAUGACAGAGUCAGCUCUUGCAAGAUGAUUCACUUUGCCCCUGGAGACCCCUACAAGAUCCAGCUGUACGGCAAAGCCGAUUUCUCCGGUCAGGUGUUUGAAGCGAGCGAGGACUGCGCCUCUGUGCUGGAGACGUUUCACUGGAGAGAGGUGCACUCCUGCAGGGUCCUGGGAGGCUGGUGGGUCUUCUAUGAGCACCCCAACUACAAGGGCCGCCAGUACCUACUGGAGAAAGGCGAGUACCGCAGGCCUGUGGACUGGGGCGCUGUCUGCCCCACCGUGCAGUCGUUCAGACGGCUGACUGAGUAAAAGAAUUCCAAUUAUUAUUAUUUUUUUAACCUUUUCUUUGGCUUUCGAUUAGCUAAUAAUUUGCAUCAAUGCAGCUGCUAAAUAGGUAAAAUAAAAACUGAAUGAUGAGACAUUGCGAAGUUGUUUCAUCCCUGUGUGUGAGUGUGUUGCUUUAAAGUGUGGAGAUGAAAAAGUCUAGCCCGUGUGACCACAGCUAAAUUAUUUAAAGCCGUAUUAAAGGAGUUAUUAAAAGGGACUACAGGGUCUAGUUGAGGGGGUUGUGGGUCCUGUAACACCCUUUAACGGAUUUUAUGUUAACAGAUUUUCCCAAAUUAAAAAAAUAAGGCACCACUUCGGUGUUUAUGCAAAAUUCAAGCUAUUUUAAAUCAAGACUAAACUUGGCAAGCAUGCUCAUGUCCUUUAGAAAGCUCCAAUC